AUGGCAACAAGAAAAAAGGAAAGAUGUCAUAAGACAGGGAAAUCGAACAAACCAGGUUUCCACUCCGCCGUGUCUGAUUUUUCCAAUGUGUGCGAUGGCCGUGCCGAUGGCCGUGCCGAUGUCCAUGGCGAUGACCAUGGCGAUGUCCAUGGCGAUGACCAUGGCAAUGGUGACAGGCGAGGAAACUCGGUCACUUCUCGAGUAAUAAAUAGUGCCAUAUUUUCAAACCAACUAAAGGAGAAGCAUGAAAAGGAACGAGGGGAAUUUCUGCAAAUUGCGAAAAAUGAAAAGAAGUGGGGGAAGGAAGAGUUUGUCCAACUUUCUAAAAUUACUGAUGGUGUGCAAAAUGGCUAUGUUAAAGAUACCCCAUGUAAAUUUAAGCCUAACAAAUGCAAAAAAAAAAUAAACGUAACAAAUGUGAAGGUACAUGAUAGCUCAAAUGACAAAGUCGAAAAAGAGAUUGACGUGACGGAGUUGUGGAGUUAUUUAAGUCACGUACACAACUCAGAGGGUAGCAGGCUGAGGUACAAAAUUGGCCAAAUAAUGGACACGCGAAAUGCAAAAGGUCAAUCAGAAAUGGAAAAUGGAAGGCAAGGGGACAACAAUCCAUCCAGAGGAAUCGACAAAGAAGAAAAAAUUAAUUAUGAGGAAUAUAAACACAUGGUAAAAUAUAUACUUCCUAGCAUGGGGGAGAACAAGAUAAAAUACUCCUGGUGUGUUUUGAAAAGCAAUUUAAAUUGCCAAGGAGAAGAAAUAAACUAUAAGGAUUUUUCCACAUUUAUUAAUCUCAAGGGGGGAAAUGACGAAAAUAGCUAUGUAAACAAAAUUGUGUGUAGCAAGUUAAAAAACAAAAUGCUAAAGUACAAUUUUAAUCCAGAGGAUGUGAAGCUAAAAACAAUUAACUACAUCGACAAUGUCAGGCUGAAAGCUUCGGAAUUUUCCAAACAGUUUAAGGAACUCAUAUCGCAGAGGGAGCUAGCUGAUUUGUUCAAAGGUAAAGACAAAAUAAAAAUUGACGACCUGGAAAAAUACGUCACAGAAAUAAUUGAAGAACGAGGAAAGGAUGUUCCUCAUUCAUCGAGUGGACAAUGCUGGAACAACAGUGAUUAUUCCUACCAAUCGGAGAAUAAAUCAAAAGGAGCAAAAAAACGAGAGGGAUUGACAGAAUUUAACAUGAAGGCUUAUAUAUCCACCCUGUUAACUAACAAAGACAACGAAGUGUGCGUGGAUCACUUCAUCAAAAAUUUAAACAUCGACUACGAAAUGUUGAAUAGCCAAAACAAAAGUAUAAAAGACGCAUACGAUUUCUACUCCAGAAAUAUCCCCCCCUCGGAAGUUGUAGGGGAGUUAUACGCGGAGGAAUUGAAGAAGGACGAAAUUAAAAGGGCAAAAUUUUUAAUAGAAGAAAUAGACUACUCGGUGAGGAACAAUUUCAAGUCAAAUUAUUUAGGCACAAAAAAGGAGAAUAAGAAAACGGAUUCGCAAGUUUCGUAUUUAUCCAUUUACGAAAUUUUUAAACAUCUAGACAUUGACAAAGAUAGUUACAUAACGAAGGAAGAUUUACGUAAAAGUUUCCAAAAGUUAAAAAUUAAGGAUAUCUCAAAUACCGAUGUUGACAUACUGCUAAAAUAUAUCGAUACGGAAAAAAAGGGAUUCAUCAAUGUGAAUGAUUUUCUGGCAAAUUAUCAACUUGAGGAAAAGUCUAUGCUCAAUUGGAUUAAAAAUACCAACAAGCCAUAUUUCGAAUUCGUUAAAAAUUUGCAGAGGGAGAGAUAUAACUCUGGCAGGGGUGCUCGUGAAAGAUCCUCCAGUGACCAUGUUAUUAACGACAGAAAUGCCAAUAUUGCAAAAAAAUACGACGACGUGGUUGCCAAUUACAACUUACAGCUGGACCCUUUUUGCCCCUCCUAUGUUAUAAGAGAGAGAAUACGGGACAACUUCAUGGCUAAGAAGGAAGACUUCUUAAACAAACACUUGAAUGCUACUAGAUUCCACUUAACGCAAUACAAAAAUACCAAUAACCUGGUCCAACCAAUUGAAAAUUCAGAUCUUUACAUGAGUGAAAAUUUGAGGUUUAAAACGACCUACAAUUACAGUUACAACAAGUCGUAA